AUGGGUGCCUCGGGAGCUGGCAAGACUACCCUGCUGGACACGCUUGCGCAGCGCAAGAGAACAGGCAAGAUUGAAGGAACUUUUCGACUUAAUAGUGAACUGUUGGAUGAGUCCUUCGAGCGCUCAUGUGGAUUUGUAAUGCAGCAGGACAUUCAUGAACCGUUCGCCACCAUGGCCUACGUCGAGCAUAUUAUUCAUCUUCUUGACCUCGAGAAUAUUGCAGAGGCAUUGGUAGGCCAGCCGGGAGAUGGACAGCUCAGCGUCGAAGAGCGUAAGCGUGUCACUAUCGGAGUCGAACUUGCGGCACGGCCUAGUUCGCUCUUGUUCCUCGAUGAGCCUACUUCCGGACUUGACAGCCAGGCCUCAUUUGAGCUCGUGCUCUUCUUGCGUCGUAUCGCAGCUGAAGGUAUUCCUGUCGUGUGCACAAUUCACCAGCCGUCCGGUGUUCUUUUCGAUAUGUUCGACCAAGUUCUACUCCUUGCCCCAGGAGGCCGGACCGUUUACUUUGGCGAGACGGCCCUGGAAGCAAAUAUAACGCAGCUUAACUCCAGCAUCGCCAGCAAGGAGACAAAGAUCAACUCUUCGCAGCUUUACGCAUCCUCCUCGCAGAAUAAAUACGCUCUAUCCCUCUGGGCCCAGACCAUCGCAGUCACCAAGCGCCACUGGAUUUCUGUCUGGCGGGACGGGAUGUACAACUUCAGCAAAAUAGCCAAGUCUUUCUUCGUCUCCAUGUUCAUAGCUUCAGUUUCUUCCACGCCGGAUACACCCUCCAAGGUCUACAAAGACCUCUGGUUCCGUAAAUGGGCCAUCUUCACAGCCCGAGAGCAGAACGGUAUCUACGACUGGCGCGCACUUCUUACCGCCCACCUACUGGACCGUUGGCUAUCCAAACGAAACCCUGUUGCCGGACUCUACUACUUCAUGUGGAUCCUCCUCGGUAUUUUCGGAACCGGAUACUCCCACCUCCUAGCUGCGCUCUUCCCAUCCGCAAAUCUAGGCGGGUACGCUAAUUCCCUCUUCUGGGUCAUCCUUAUGAUUGUUUCUGGAGUCUUGACUCCCCAUGCAUACCUGAACGAUUUUUACCGCCCUGGCUGUUUUGGAUCGAUCCCAUGCGCUACUUCUUCGGCGCUUCGCUCGGUUCGGUCCUUCACGGUGUUGCGGUUGAGUGUUCCUCGAAUGAUCUCGUCGUGUUUGAUUGCCCCACCAGGCAGUACUUGUGGCCAGUAUACGGCGGCCUUCUUGGGGAGUAAUCCCGGCUACAUUGUUAAUCCGGAGCGCGACGGCAGAUUGCUCAUAUUGUCCGUAUUCGGUCGGUGAUAAGUAUCUGGACACA